AUCAAAGCAGAAUAAUUCGCGAAAUAUUACGCGGCGCGAUACGUCAUCCAUGCUUUCUAAAAAACCUCAUUUUUACUAUGCAUCUCAUAAAUCCACAAACUAUACAUUCUCUCUCCCCGAUAGCCUCCAGGACGACCGUUGAAUUCGUUAUCACCGACUAACAUUGGCAACGCACGCGAUGCCUAGCUGUCCCCUAUUAUGCUAAUCCGAUAACACCCGAUAUAUAUCGUUCCAGUCCGAGAUGGAGCGGGUAAUCAACGCGGGAGUAAACGGCCCAACGGAUGGAACGUGUCAAUUCCUGACAGCGCGAGAGUGACAGAUGAUAGAUAAGCGUCGCAUCUUUCGUAAAUCGGCGGAACGUGCAAGUGGCCGACCACGAUAAUUUCACUCGAGUUGAGAUGCGAGGAUAACGGCGAUCCUUACAAUCCUUCCGUCCGAGGGAACGAAACAACGUGACAAUUUCGCGGAUACGAUGGAUUCCUCGGACACCCUGUAUUUAAUCGUCCGAGAUUGAGCGCUCGUGCAAUUUUUUCUCGCAUUUUCCGAGUUUCCAUAUUUAUUCCGGUGCAACAGCUGACGAUCUGUCACCUCGUCGUUCGUGACAUGUUGCAUGCAUACGUGUGCGUUCCAAGCUCGAAAUAUAGACGAUACGGAGGUUAGAGCGAUCAUGGGCAGAUUGCGAGUAUAAACGGAAAUAUCGUAAUGUUGUGACACAUCACAAGCGAAAGUACUCUGUGCAAAAUGCUGGCGAUUUGUUCCGGACGACCUGGUUGGCUGGGAAAGCUUGGAAUAGCAUUGCUGAUCACGUGGUUUUUCGUAUUAAUUCUAUCAAUCGUUCAUAUAUUUAAGUUGAACUCCUUGUCGAGCCGAGAUGCUAGUACUGCCAAUAAAGAGAACACACAACGCCUAGCACAAAUGGUUAAUGACUUUGAAAUUCUAAAGAAGCAAAACGAUGCGUUGAAGAACUUCAUAUUGGGAGAAGGACCAAAAUCUAUACAGGGCGAUCAUUUAGGUUCCAUACAAGAUAAAGUCGGGAAAGUGUCGGCUUAUUAUGACCUGAUAGAACACCAAGAUGGUGCGCAACAUGGUGUUCCUUCUUUAGAGCACGAAGAAUUACGAAGGCGAUUAAAAAACGAUAUUCAGGAGACAUGGUAUUACAUUAGCGCCGAAUUAAACAAAUUUAAAAAGCACAUUGAUGAAUUUACAUACGAUCAAAGGGAGAGAGAGAUUCAAGAUGUGUUGAAAAAUGUAUGGGAACACAAAAAGUCACUUUUAACAAAUAUCGAUAAACUAAAGAAAGUAGAUGGUUAUGAGGAAUGGCGAAAAAAAGAAGCAAAAGAUUUAUCCGAUCUUGUUCAAAAAAGAUUUAGAUAUCUGCAAAAUCCUGCCGAUUGUAGUAAAGCGAAAAAAUUGAUAUGUAGUUUAAAUAAAGGAUGCGGCUUUGGCUGCCAGAUUCAUCACAUCACGUACUGCUUUCUAGUAGCUUAUGGUACAGAAAGGACAUUGAUAAUAAAAUCUAAAGGAUGGAGGUAUCAGAAGGAAGGCUGGGAAUCUGUAUUCAAACCUCUCAGUAAUACUUGCUUAUCUACAACAGGUGUUUCACAUUCCAAUUGGCCUGGUGAUCCUUCUAAACAAGUAAUAUCCCUGCCAAUAGUAGACAAUGUUUAUCCAAAACCAAGGUUCCAGCCACCUAGUGUACCUGCAGACUUAGCACCAAGAUUAGAAAAAAUCCAUGGUCAUCCUCUAGUUUGGUGGGUAGGGCAGGUAUUGAAAUACUUGAUGCGACCUCAAGAUCAUGUGAAACGAACAUUAGAGAAGGCAAGGGAGAGACUUGGUUUCAAGAAACCUAUUGUUGGUGUUCAUGUACGUAGAACCGAUAAAGUAGGUACAGAGGCAGCUUAUCAUGAUAUAGAUGAAUAUAUGAGUAAAGUAGAACAGUAUUUCGACGAGCUUGAGACCAAGCCGGAUGUGAAGAGGGUUUUUUUAGCUAGCGAUGACCCAAAAGUGAUAACAACAGCUAGAAAACGUUAUACGAAUUACGAGAUAAUAGGUGAUCCAGAUAUCGCCGAAACCGCAUCUGUAGCGAAGCGAUAUUCAGACGUUUCGUUGCAGGGGAUAAUUAUCGACAUUCAACUUCUAUCCGAAUGCGACUAUUUGGUGUGCACAUUUAGUUCUCAAGUAUGUCGUGUCGCAUAUGAAUUAAUGCAAACCUACUAUGCGGAUGCAUACGAUAGAUUUUCAUCCCUCGACGAUAUAUAUUACUACGGGGGACAAAAUCCGCAUCCUCAUGUAGCUAUCUUAGAUCACAAACCGAGGAAAAACGGAGAGUUAGAAAUGAAAAUUGGCGACCUGAUUGAAGUUUACGGUAAUCAUUGGGAUGGUUUCUCGAAAGGAUACAACACUAGAACUAGCAUGACAGGAUUAUUUCCUAGUUUCAAAGUUAAAAAUCCCGUUGAUGCUGUAGAUUUCCCAAAAUAUUCGAAUGUUCUUCUGGUGGAAGACAAAACUGAUUAAAUCAGAAUAACAGAGUUAUUUUCAUAAAGAGAAUUAUUGCGGCAUCAAUGAAUCGUCAUUUCUCCUUCAAUCAAAUUUUUAAAAUAUUAGCAAAGGAUAAUAUGGCACGAUGUAUAUAUUUUGCUACUUGUAAAUGAUAAUUCUAAUGCUUGUACAUUCUUACAAAAAUGUCCAUGACUUGUCAAAUAGAAAUCUACUGUAUAUUGUAUCAAUUGUAUAAUCACGUGUUUUUAAUUUUAAAAAGAUUGAGUAAGUAUGAUUUAUAUUGAAUAACACAAUGGAAAAACAUUUGUGACUUUUUACAUAUAAAAUCAUAUAACAAUAAUUAGUUGAUAUUAUGCAGUUAUAGUGCAUUAAAAUUUAAUGUCACAACUGCAAAUAUAUAGCAAUAGAAUAUUUGUAAGAUUUUGAUAUAUUUUCAUUGAAAUUACAAAAUAAUUGUUGAGAGGUUUAAUUAGAAUAAAAAAUAAUUAUAUGCCGAAUCAUUUUAUAUUUUAUUGUAUUUCGAAGCGUAAUGACUCGGAAUAAUAUUGUAUUUCGAUAAUUUUAAUAAUCGAUCAACUGUGAACUUGGUCUGUAUUAUGUACAUAUGCAGAUGUGAUGGACCGAGGAAAUAAUUUCUUAACGUGCGAAUCGAAGUAUCCGACAUUUGUGCCAAUAUAUCAUUAUGAGUUAUCGAGUUUGGUAAUUUAUGGAAAAUGGGUAAAAAUAUAGUCGAAAGUUUGUUUUCUCAUUUAGUGCGUGCUCUCAUCAUUCUUUGUAAAUAAGUUCGCGAGAAUUUCGAGGGACAUUGCUUCAGCAGUCAGUAACAUAUUUUAAUGAUCAGCAGCUCAAAUUGUGUAAUAUACAACAUAUUUAUCAUACUUGGAAUUUCUAAAGUUAAUGUAUCAUGCAUUGUGAGAAGUAUGUCCAUAUACAUACAUCAUAUAUCAUAAUAUACAUGUAAUAUGUCCAUUUACAUAUAUUGUAUAUAGAGAUACGUAUAGUAUGUUCAUAUACAUACAAAAAUAUAUAUAUUAAAUAAACACGCCCCUACGAACAUCGAGCUAGGCUUGAGGCCUAUCUUAAAUUUAUAGGAAUUUUCCUUAUGUAUAUAUACAUAUUGUAAUAUAUUUUAUACACAAAACGCAAGCGAGAAUUGUUAUUAUAAGAUUUGAAUUUGAUUUUGAUUAAUAAAGACUCAACUCACAAAACAUAUUGUGCGUGUUUCUUAAUAUUAAGUAAAAUAUGAAUCGCGUUAU